AUGCCUGUUCUCUCUCAUUGGCCUCAAUGUCUUCUGGACAUUAUCGGUCCAUUCUUUCGUUUACGAGUUCCCCCUGCAACUCUUCCAUCACCAACUAGAGAAGCUUUCCCACCAAGACUCGAAGUCGGUCAUCCACAGCUUUUCCCAGAACGACCAGCUCCAGGCGAUACAGUCUAUAUUGAAUGCUUUGCGUAUGGAAACCCGGUUCCAUCUUAUCGAUGGACAAGAGUCGACGGGAAACCUUUACCUGAUCGAAGUACCGUUUUGAAUCACGAUCGAGUGUUGAAAAUUGAGAACCUUCAACCACACGAUCAGACAAGAUAUAAAUGUACAGCAGCAAAUGUAAAAGGAGUGGUGAGUGGGGAAGUGACGCUGAUUUUGGCCGGACCACCAGUUGUUCUUCUUCCGUUAGCUCCUCGAUUAGUUGCAACAGAAUCGGAAUGGUCGCUUGAAUGUACACUUCCGUCAUCUGAUCUCACAUCACAAGUUGAAUGGUUUCGAAAUGCUCGUCCCUUGGUUCCACUUCUUAUGCCAGCACACGAACGUCGCCGAUUCACGAUUGAUCACAAUUUAUUACUCAUUCGAGAAACGAAACCAAAUGAUACCGGAAUUUAUGAAUGUGUGGUCAGCAAUGAGAUUGGAUCAACAGUCAGCUCUUCGUUCAUUAAAGUGCUCGACGCGGCGCCAAGAUUUCCGCCUCUUUCAAUGCCAUCAAAGGUUUUUGCGUUAAAAGGGACAACUUUGAGACUUCCAUGUGUUUAUCAAGCCUCACCAUUGGGAACAGCUUUUUGGUCGACUGGUGGCGGGACAAAUUUGCCCACAAAAGGGCGAAUCAGAGAUCAAAAUGGACUACUUGUCAUUGAGAAUCUUAUUUCAGAUGACGCUGGUCUUUUCUUUUGCAUCGUUCGCAAUCGUCUUGGCGAAGAUCAUGCAGCUGUCACUUUGGUUGUCAGUGAUAAAAAAGAGAUUCGCGCAAAGAAUGGGACAAUGAUCUGGGAAAGCGGACGAAAUGUCACUUGUGAGGUUCAGCAUGAGGAAGAAGUCGUCAGGAAGCCCUCCUUUUGCCGAUCUAUUUUUGGAGAAUCUGAUGGGAUCUCGAUAUCGAAAGGAUCCCCACCAGCACCAUUAAAGGUGAAUGCUGUGAACAUUUCUCGUUUCGGAGUCGAUCUCUAUUGGAUUUUGCCAGCGCAGCAUCGAGAAACACGACAAAAUCCGCCUGUGGAAGAAAGUUUCUUGAUUGAAGUGCGGUCGAAAGAUGAUCGACGAUGGAAAACGGUCAAUCGGUCAAUGUUUCAGCGAAUUGAGAAAUCUGUGGAUCGAACAACGGUCGAUGAUCUUUUACCGAAUCAAGACUAUCAGUUCCGUGUGCGCUCGGUGCUCGGCGGACAGAUCGGCGACGCAUCAGCGCCAACAGAAUGGAUUCACACUCCGGCAAGGCCACCCACCGAGGCUCCACAAAGUCUGUCGUGGAAAGCACUCGAUCAAAGCACGAUUUUCGUUGAGUGGGGUGCUGUGGAACAGAUUGAAUGCUUUGCUCCGGAUCAUUUGGUCGGCCCUUUGACCGUCUCUGCUUCAUUCACUAAAUGGAUGGUCGGCGGAUUGAAAGCGUCAACAAUUUAUCGAUGUUCUCUAACACCGGUGGACCCUAGUGGAAGACUUGGAGCAAGAACAGAAACAGAAGCUGUCCGAACCGCAAAACCACCUCCACCCGCAGCUCCUACAAUUGGGCGGCUGGGAUUGGCUGCAAUGCCGGAUGGACAUUUCACUACGAUUAUCGAAUGGACUUCAGUUGAUUUCGGGAAUAUCACAGAUCCCACCGAGCUUGGCUACAAGAUCUUUGUCUACAUUUCUGAAACCGCUUCCGAUGCUGUUGUUUUGAAUAUGCCUCUGAAAGCGCUAGUCGACCCUCAACAACCUUCUGCCCGUUUGGAUGGCUUACGACUCAUGUACAAAUACACAGUACAGGUUGCUGCCUAUAAUGCUGGAGGACUUGGACCAAGGAAG